CAAGUUGAUGCUGACAAUAUAUACUUGAGAUUUAAAUGCGUCGAUUGUACUCCGGAACUUCAGAAUGGAAAUUUCAGUAAUAAUAUCUAAAAAUUCCCACAGACUCCCUUUGUGAUCGAAUACGAUCUCCUCGACACGGAGUUUACAAAAUGAAACCUUCGUAAUGGUCAUGUUCGCCAUUCGGCACAAUCAGCGUCGGUUAGUAUCGGGUGGACGAGACCAUUCAUGACCAUUUAUGACUCUAAGCUAUACAGACUUCCACAUCGUCGGCUGGGCCAUGUCACCUGGAAUGCCUCUGGAAAAAUAUACAGUGCACUGGAAAAAUAGCCCCGGGCUUUUUUGCAGGUCAUCCGACAUCUUCUCGGAGUAGCACCGUCCGGUGUAGUGGGGGGUUCCUGGCCCGCGGACUGGUCGGUAGCCUAUUUUCGGAUAGUCGGAGAUUGUUUCAUUUGUCGUUCUUAUUUGGGCCCCGGUCAAUGGAAUGGAGAAUGAGGACGGAGUACAUGCUAAUGUAUAAUCAUAGGCUAAAUGCUAUGAUUUGCCCAGAGACGGCGUUGGCAUCAGGUAUUCAGAUCGAGAGAGGGGGUAAAGGAGCAGGCAAGCUCUGCCCCUCAUACAAAGUACUCCGUACCACAUAAUCGGAGUCGGCAAUUGAAUAAGACCUUAGGAAUUCAAGACUCAGCACGGUCAGAUGCUUAGAAAACAAACCCGCUCCAGACCUUCGCCCGAAUGCGGCAAUGAUGAUGCUGCUGCCCCACGUCCCUCCACCGGACCCCAACACGCCGGACACAUUGACGCCAUCUUUUCUUUUCUUCUUCUUCCUCAGACCUUCAGCCAAAUAAACCCCCUUGAUCCCCGUGAUACCCCCGUUUGUGCUACGUUUAUCGCUGUCAUCAUGCCUGCUUUCGCGCAGGCCUCCGAUCUCAAUGCCUGGAAGGAGCUCCAGGAGCACCACACCACUCUGGGCCGCAACAUUGUCCUGAAGGAGUACUUCCAAAAGGACCCUAAGCGCUUCGAGAAGUUCAGCCGCACCUUUGCCAACCCCGUCGACAAUGCCGACAUUCUCUUUGAUUUCUCCAAGAACUUCCUCACCGAGGAGACCCUGUCUCUGCUGGUGAAGCUGGCCAAGGAGGCCGGCGUUGAGGAGCUCCGCGAUGCCAUGUUCCGUGGUGACCACAUCAACUUCACCGAGGACCGUGCUGUCUACCACGCUGCUCUCCGCAACACUUCCAACGAGCCCAUGCAAGUGGAUGGCAAGAGCGUCGUCGAGGAUGUUAACGCCGUUCUGGAGCACAUGAAGGAGUUCUCCGAGCAGGUCCGCAGCGGUGAGUGGAAGGGUUACACCGGCAAGAAGAUCAACACCAUUAUCAACAUUGGUAUCGGUGGUUCCGAUCUCGGCCCCGUCAUGGUCACCGAGGCCCUCAAGCCCUACGGUCACCCGGACCUGAAGCUUCACUUCGUUUCCAACAUUGACGGUACUCACGUCGCUGAGGCCCUCAAGGAGUCCGACCCCGAGACCACCCUGUUCCUCAUUGCCUCCAAGACCUUCACCACUGCUGAGACCACCACCAACGCCAACACUGCUAAGAGCUGGUUCCUGCAGACGGCCAAGGAUGAGUCGCACAUUGCGAAGCACUUCGUCGCCCUCUCGACCAACGAGGCCGAGGUGACCAAGUUCGGCAUUGACAGCAAGAACAUGUUCGGGUUUGAGUCCUGGGUUGGUGGCCGCUACUCCGUGUGGAGUGCCAUCGGUCUGUCCGUGGCUUUGUACAUUGGCUACGACAACUUCCACCAGUUCCUCGCCGGUGCCCACGCCAUGGACAAGCACUUCCGUGAGACCCCUCUGGAGCAGAACAUCCCCGCCAUUGGCGGUCUGCUGAGCGUCUGGUACAGCGACUUCUUCGGUGCCCAAACCCACUUGGUUGCUCCUUUCGACCAGUAUCUGCACCGCUUCCCUGCCUACCUGCAGCAGCUCUCCAUGGAGAGCAACGGCAAGGCCAUUACCCGCUCCGGCGAGUAUGUCAAGUACACCACCGGCCCCAUCCUGUUCGGUGAGCCCGCCACCAACGCCCAGCACAGCUUCUUCCAGCUGCUGCACCAGGGCACCAAGCUCAUCCCCGCCGAUUUCCUGAUGGCCGCCGAGUCCCACAACCCCGUUGAGGGUGGCAAGCACCAGCGCAUGCUGGCCUCCAACUUCCUUGCUCAGUCUGAGGCCCUGAUGGUCGGUAAGACUCCCGAGGAGGUCAAGGCCGAGGGUGCUCCCGACAACCUCGUCUCCCACAAGACCUUCCUGGGUAACCGUCCCACCACCUCCAUCCUGGCCCAGAAGAUUACUCCCGCUACCCUGGGUGCUCUGAUCACCUACUAUGAGCACGUCACCUUCACCGAGGGUGCUAUCUGGAACAUCAACUCGUUCGACCAGUGGGGUGUUGAGCUGGGCAAGGUCCUCGCCAAGAAGAUCCAGAAGGAGCUGGAGACCGCCGGCGCAGGUGGUGACCACGACGCCUCUACCAGCGGUCUGCUGUUGGCCUUCAAGGCCAAGGCUAAUCUGGCCUAGAGUUUUUAUGUCUUAUAAAUAGGCUUGCAUCGAGCCUUUGUGGACGAUGGAGGCGGCUAUGAUGAAGCAACGAACGAUUUCUUUGAUCCCUUUUAUCCAAUUAUCCUCUUUUCAAUACAAAAUUCAAUUGAUUUUCAAGUAUUCGUGAUCAUUUUCAGCAAAUAAGAUCUGAGAAUUGUUAUCAAUUUGUCGGUUGAUUUCUUUACACUGUAAGACGUCGGAAUGUAUAAUCGCUCAGUAGCUAGCUAAGGGAUGUUGAUCAAGCCAAGCCAC